AUGUCUAGUGCGGAGGCGUUUGUUCGUGUGCAUAGGUUAUUGAGACAAAAGGGGAUCACGAUGGUGCUUUGUGGGUUUGGAGUCGAUAGUGAGAUGGGUAGGGCGUUGAGGAGUGUGGAAGUGCUUGAGGCGGAGGGUGUUGAGUUGUUUGAAGGGUUUGGGGAUGCGAUCGAGUGGACGGAGAAUUGUUAUUUGAGAGCGUGGUUCAGAGCACAGAAAGAGCUAGUGCUUCCGUUCGCUUUACCUGGAAGGCAAGACACAGAUCCACUUUCUCCUGGUUCUCACACUAGCGCUGCAACAUCCCCUCGUCGAUCCCAUUUAAAUGACGUUGGGUUUAGGACGAUCGCGAACGAUAUUCCGCCACCAGCUACCGCCGAGGCGCAUCCGGAACCUUACAACACCCUUGUCAAAGUCUUCUCAUCCUUCGGUGGUAUCAGUUCUGACGAUAUCCUCACCUUAAUGACGUACCUCCAACGGAUGUCUCUUCCUGAAGGCCACGUUCUUUGGAAGCAAGGGGACGAGUCGGAUGGGCUGUAUUUCAUCGAAAGUGGUGUUUUGAGAGCAUCUUAUUGCUUCUCCAUGCACAGUCCGGUUGUGGAGGAAUCGAUGGUGUCCGGUACGCUUGCGGGAGAGUUGUCGGCGUUGAGUGAUUUAGAGAGGAAUGCGACUGUUUGGGUGGAGAGAGAUGCGGUUGUGUGGAAGUUGAGUAGAGGGGAGUUCGUGAGGCUGGAGAGGGAGAAUCUGGGACUUGACAUGGUUGUGUUUAGGAUGGUAUUGAGAUCUGCGAAGGUGGAUCAUGAUAUUUUGUUGUCUGCUUUGGCGACCAGACAGUAG